UUUAGUUCCACUGACAACAGCAACAUGUGACGUACGGAGACAGAAGACAUGUAUAUGAUCAAUGGAAUUUAUGCGUAAUUUAUUUACGCGACCGCUCGGAAAGCGUCGACUCGCCGAAAUAGAUUCGGAAAUUUUUUAUUUUAUUUUUUUUAUUUUUUUACGAGGGUUGAAUGGUUCGUAUACAACGUGGGACGAGCGGGUUGCUUCGGAUGAAAGAGCGUUUCGGUUUAGUUUAGUUUUUUUUAUAUAUAUAAAGUAAUUUGGUUUUCUGUCUAAAAUGAGGAAGCCUCAGUAUAAACGCUUUUAGGAUUCUUCUUGCGACAAAAGCCCUUCUCGACCUCCGUCGCCGGGCGAGAGUCGGGCAUCGUCCGUUAUAGGAGAAUCAGAAUGAUAAAGCCGAAAGUGGGUCGGAUGUUUCUGGCGACAUGCGUCGGAUCGUUUUUCAUUCUCAUCUUGUACAUCCAGAACAUCUCAAGAUCAGCUUCGGAACAGCUGUCGAGUGGAAACAGUUUCCCAGUUAAAUCAAGACGAAGUCCUCUGCAGACACUACAAGAAAAUUACCAGCUGGAGCAGUCUGCAGUGCAGGCCACUCUACAGGGCCGUCGCGAACUCCUGGAGGAAACUUGUCGCACGCAUACUCGUAAAAGACGUGUACUCAGCCCGGAGGAUCUCCGACACCUCAUAGUGGACGAUAAACACAAGUUGCUGUACUGCUAUGUCCCCAAAGUGGCAUGCACCAACUGGAAGCGUGUGAUGAUGGUACUAACGGGUGAUGGUCGCUAUCGCGAACCACUAGCUAUUCCAGCCAACGAGGCUCACGUGGCGGGCAACCUACAUUCACUCUCGGAGUAUUCCACGGCCGAGAUCAACAAGCGCCUACGCACGUACUUAAAGUUUAUCUUUGUUCGCGAGCCCUUUGAGAGACUAGUUUCUGCCUACCGGAACAAGUUCACACGUAGCUACAACACAGCGUUCCAUAAACGCUACGGAACCAAAAUCAUCCGCAGGCAUCGGGAGGACCCCCAACCCGAGGCAAUAGAAAAAGGCAACGAUGUCUCUUUUGAGGAGUUCGUGUAUUAUUUAGUAGACCCCCAGACUCAGAGAGAAGAACCUUUUAAUGAGCACUGGGAGAGGGUUCACUCGCUUUGCCACCCUUGUUUGAUCCAUUAUGAUGUGGUGGGCAAAUACGAGACUCUAGAGCAGGAUUCACGCUAUAUUCUAAAGCUAGCAGAUGCUGACGGAGAGGUCAAAUUUCCAGCCACCUCCAAGAGCACCAGAACCACAGGAGACAUGGCUGCCAAGUUCUUCGACAACAUCAGUCCGUUUUACCAGAAGAAACUCUUUAACCUCUACCGAAUGGACUUCUUACUGUUUAACUACUCUGUGCCGGCAUACUUGAAGUUGAGAUGAGGGUUUGCACAACAUGUUUCAACUGAUUCUAAGUCUUCGUCUUCAAUCUGCACAUGGAUUUGAGUCUUGUGUGCACUGACGAUUAAAUUUCACUCUUGUGUCUGGAUUUGAGUGAACUGCCUGAGGGAACCAGUAGAGGAUGAACCUUGAAUGUGGUGUCACCCUCACUCCCUUGAGGCGAAAUUCAGCACUGUGAAGAGAUUACCGCUGGCAGGGGUGUUACAUCCCAUGAAAGUUCAUGAAAUACUGGCUGUUAUUCCUUUGGCUUCGGUAAAUAAAGACCAAGCUCCAAGUAUGUGCCUUUGUACUUAUAAACGUAGAUAAGUGAAGCAGGAUUCUUCAUCAACAGACAAAUGCUAUUUAUGGUAUUAUGUAGCAUAUUUAUUGUGAAUAUUGCUUUUGAACUUGAUCCAGCAAAGCCUUGACAUUAAUCUUGAUGAUGAAAUUCCUUAAGGAACAUAAUGUGGCUGGUCUCAAAGCUUCCUUUCUAACAUUUCGGGAUAUGAUUUCAGACCGUAACCCUUUGCAAGUCACCAGGACUAUGAUCUACUUUCACAAUUACAUCUCUCAUCAACACUGCAAUGGUGUUUUCCUCCACCGAAAAUGGAGACAAUCGAAAACACUCUCUAGUAACAUGUACUUUGGAAAAUUAUGUUAGGAAGUGGAAAACGUAUGUGUGGACAAGGCCCAAGCCAAAAGGUUACAAACCAUCAACUGUGAUUUUGAGAAGAUAAAACCUUUGAAGAUAUGCAGUGGCCAAAGUAUACUUCGUUUUUUUGUGUGCCGGUACAUCUCACGCAAAUGUAAUCGUCAGCACAGUUUGCGCAGAUUGUCCGCAUGCAGCAUGUUUUUUCUAGACAUUCCACAUCUUUGCACAUCAUCAGCACAUGUGCCUGCCUUUUGACUAGGCUAAAAUAGUACCACAAAGCCAUCAAAGUGCGCAUGCGUUGAACAAGUCUGUAUGGGCUUAAGGUCAAAAGAGUAUACAUUGAAAGGCUUAGUGCUCAACCCAUGUGCGAGACAGAACGGCAAACAUAAAGACGAAGUAUACUCUAGCUUUAAGCGAUUCAAACUAAGGGAUGAAGGUAGGCUGCUCUUUUAGUUAUGAACUGGACUGGACUGUCAGCCUUGGCCAGUUUACCAACUCUGAAAUGAAAUGUUGUUCUCACAGAGUCACCUCUUUAUUUAGCAUGCAUCGGGCUUGGGUAAACAGUGCAUAGCUGUGGUUGGGGAAAGGUAGACACUCAUCAGUGCUCCUCUUGUUGAGUUAUGGAUGCAGGGUGAGGUGCAAACUACCCACUGGGCAUUGCAGGUCAAACACCAGCAGAAUCUUGGAGGAAUCACUCGUCUUACGAAUCUGUAAUAAGGGUUUAAGUGCAAUAAAUGUUUCUAAUGAGGUACCUGUAUCUGUAGACUUAUGCUUUGUAGUAGCUUAACCAUAGUUUUAAUCAGUCCCUUAGAACUCUUAUAGUUUUUUUUUUUUUUUUUUUUUUUUUAGUUUAUUGAAAGUCAUGCAUCCAACCCUUUGUGUACAAGUGCACUACAUUACAGUUUAAAAGUCCAACUAUAAUUGGAUCGUUCACAGAAACUUUAACGUGUUCCUGUGGUUUUUAGCAGUUGAAAUUACCCUUAAUAAUUUAUUUAUUUUUGUCCACGGCAAAGACUUGAGAUUAAUUUUUACGGUUGAAAUUAUGAAUUUUUUUGAGAAAGGGUGAGGUGGUAGUAUCUGACUAAUAUCUGGCAGACAUACAUCCCUUGCCUUGGGCUGCAUUGCUAGCCUGAUGCACAGUGGGUACCUUGUGUGCAACAUUGCGUAACAAAUCUUCUGGUGUUCUGUUGGAAAAUGUUUUAAUCUAGCCAACUUGUUACAAUAUUGAGCUGGCACAUACAUCUUCCAGCAACUCAUUAUGAAUUUAAAAUGAGCACAAGGAGUCACCUGUAAAUCUAGUUUAUGGUUGGUUUAUAAUAUGUUUUAACAGGCAAUAUCUUAUCAUCUAAAGAGAAACUUAAAAAUUGCAUCUAGAUUUUGAAGGUGCAGAGUUCCCCAUGUUUUUGUCCUGGCAAAAUGCCAUUACUUUGAUUAUUCUGUCUUUGAAACUUUGAAUGUAUUUAGCAGGCUAAUACAUAUGUUUGAGGAAAUGUGAGAUUUAAGAAA